UGGGCGGAAUAAGUCUGCCCUCUGAAUCGCACCCGAGCUAGUUAGUGGACAUAGCAGACUUCCUUCUUUCCAAGGGACUGUGUUGAAAGGCCUCAACCUCACACUGUGAAGCCACGGGCUAUCGUGAUGUCGGAGCCCAAGGCCCCCACUCCGACACCUGGAGACACUUACAAAGGUUGGCUUUUUAAAUGGACAAAUUACAUCAAGGGUUACCAACGGCGAUGGUUCGUCUUGAGCAAUGGUUUGCUCUCAUAUUACAGGACCCAAGCAGAGAUGGGUCACACAUGCCGUGGCACUAUAAACCUGGCCACAGCCAACAUAGUUGUGGAGGACUCCUGCAACUUCAUCAUCUCCAAUGGGGGAGCACAGACCUACCACCUGAAGGCCAGCUCUGAGGUGGAGAGGCAGCGCUGGAUCACUGCCCUGGAGCUGGCCAAGGCCAAGGCUGUGCGGAUGCAAGCAGAGUCAGAUGACUCUGGCGAUGAGUGCCCCAUGUCUCCUGCCCCGGCGGGCCAGAGUGGGGGGCCGUCCCGUAACUCGGAGGUCCAGUCCACGCUGCGCACCCUCGGCAGCAAGGUGGAGGACCUCAGCACCUGUAACGACCUCAUCGCCAAACAUGGUUCCGCUCUGCAGAGGUCCCUGUCAGAGCUCGAGGGGGUGAAACUUGUUGGCGAUACGGGUGACAAGAUUCGGCAGGUGACGGAGCGAGCCACUCUCUUCCGCAUCACCUCCAAUGCUAUGAUCAAUGCCUGUCGGGACUUCCUGUCCCUGGCGCAGGCCCACAGCAAGCGGUGGCAGAAGGCGCUGCAGGCAGAGCGGGAGCAGCGUGUGCGGCUGGAGGAGACGCUGGAGCAGCUGGCCAAGCAGCACAACCACUUGGAGAGGGCCUUCAGGGGAGCCACCGUGCUGCCCGCCGCGCAGGGCAACGCAGUCACCGACGGGGGCAAAGGAGGACCAAGCUCUGGCAAGGGAGACGCCAGCGAUGAGGAUGAUGAGAAUGAGUUCUUCGAUGCCAUGGAGGAUCCGCAGGAGUUCAUCACUGUUCCUGCUGACCCCAAAUACCACAGGAGAUCGGGCAGCAAUGUCAGCGGAAUCAGCAGUGAGAUUGGAAUGGAUGACCAAUCACUUGAUGAGCAGUCGCUAGCCUCAAACCCCGAGUCUCCACAGUCUCAGGAGCUGGAGCCGGUGAAGAAGAGGCGGACGCGCAUCCCAGACAAGCCCAACUACUCCCUCAACCUCUGGAGCAUCAUGAAGAACUGCAUCGGCAAGGAGCUGUCCAAGAUCCCCAUGCCUGUGAACUUCAACGAGCCCAUCUCCAUGCUGCAGCGUCUCUCUGAGGACCUGGAGUACUCGGAGCUCCUGGACAAGGGCGCUAAGUGCCAGAGCUCGCUGGAGCAGCUGUGCUACGUGGCCGCCUUCACCGUCUCCUCCUACUCCACCACUGUGCACCGCACCGGCAAGCCCUUCAACCCCCUGCUGGGGGAGACCUUCGAGCUGGACCGCCGCUACGAGAGUGGCUACCGCUCUCUCUGUGAACAGGUGAGCCACCACCCACCAGCGGCAGCCCACCAUGCCAUCUCAGAACGAGGCUGGACACUGAGACAAGAGAUCACCCUCGCCAGCAAGUUCAGGGGCAAAUACCUCUCCAUCAUGCCUCUAGGUUCUAUUCACUGUAUUUUUGAGAAAAGCAACAAUCACUACACCUGGAAAAAAGUCACGACCACUGUGCACAACAUCAUCGUUGGCAAACUCUGGAUAGACCAGUCAGGAGAAAUAGAUAUUAUUAACCAUCAGACGGGAGACCGAUGCCAUCUUAAGUUCGCCCCAUACAGCUACUUCUCGAGGGAUGUGGCCAGAAAGGUGACGGGCGUGGUAGCUGACAAGGAGGGAAAGGCACACUACGUUCUGUCGGGCACAUGGGACGAAAAGAUGGAGUUCUCCCGUGUCAUGCAAAGCAGCCGGGGAGGCGAGAACGGUACAGAGGGCCGCCAGAAGACUGUCUACCAAACACUUAAGGCCCGCGAGAUCUGGAAAAAGAACCCACUGCCGGAAGGGGCUGAGAACAUGUACUACUUCUCCGAGCUGGCAUUGACGCUGAACGAGCCCGAGGACGGCGUGGCCCCCACGGACAGCCGGCGGCGGCCAGACCAGCGUCUGAUGGAGCAGGGCCGCUGGGAGGAGGCCAACGCCGAGAAGCAGCGCCUGGAGGAGAAGCAGCGGACCGUGCGCCGCGAGCGGGAACGGGAGGCCGCCCGCACCGCCAACCCAGACGACGAGGGAGAGGCUGCCCACCAAGACAACUACAAGGCCAUGUGGUUCGACCGGACGCACGACGCCCUCACCAACGAGGAGACGCACGUCUACAAGGGUGGCUACUGGGAGGCCAAAGACGGCAGCGGCUGGGAAGACGUCUGCCCUCCUGACAUCUUCUGAGCACCUCAGGUGGCAUCGGAAUACCUUAGUGUGUCCAACACCUCAGCAGAGGACUCUCUGGAUAUAUCAAAAACUUAACACAAAAACUAUCGAAAAGCCCCUACCUACCCAACCCUUCCCACUCUCACACUGUCUUCUGCUUUCCAUGUUGGGUGGUGGCACCAUGCAAAUACGAGCAGGGAGCGGUCAGGCCAGUAAGGCAGGAGCCGCUUGGCUUGCUGUGCCUUCCUCACCUUUUGAGGAGCAAGAAACGUGUAAACCAUACACACCAGUAACAACUCUGACUGACUAAUCCUCAUCCUGACCACCAAAGGCCCUCAGCCCUGUUCUUGCUCUCGUGUUUCCCUCCAUUCUUCUUUUCCCCUCUUUGUGCUUUGAUGGAAGAGGGUCGUGCUCUUGUAGAUGGACUUCGUAGACCUACAGAUUAUCACACUGUUAUUGCUGAGUCAGUGCAUCUCGAAAAUGCACAGUAUGAUUGAGUCUCUGAGGUUGAGGAGCCGCCCCCCGGCCCUUCCCCAACCGUUUGACUCAAACUUCACUACUUGACCCUUGUUCUCCACUUUUAUGGAGUUAUUGGACUUUUCCCUGAGAAAAGGGAGAAGAGGGUGUCGCAUAUGAAGGGAUUUAAGACAACAUUGUUUGUGUGAGUGAGUGUGAGCGAGCGAGAGUGUGCCUGUCUGUCUGUGUGUCUUUCUAAACUUCUCGUCAUUGUAACUGUGUCUCCUGCCUAUGUUUGCACACACACCUUUGUUUGGUGUAAGAAAGGGACCUCUGCACAGCACUUGCCCGUCGGCCACCUAUCACCUGCUACGGAUACACAUUUGCCCAGUGGUAGAGGAAGCGGUAGCAACAACUAAGCUUCCUUUUUUUUCUUAAUGUUUUUUUUUGUUUUUUGGAAAACCCCUACAUUUUCCACCAGCAGCAGGGUCUCUCUUACUUGUCACCCAAACCAACAAGACUUCUCUCUACCACCAGGCAGUGUUCUCCACUACCUGGAGUAACUGCCAAGGCCCUGACUGACACGGCACGGGGGUGCCAAUAAGGGCCUGUGUGUAUGCACAAAAAGGAGAUGAGACAGAAACAGAAACGCAAAGAUACAACUCCCUGUUCUCUGGUAUUUUUUUUUUUUCAACUUUAUGUAUCGUUGCUGAAGUGUCACAUUAUCUGUGGUGUGUGUCUGAAAUGCUGAACACUCAGUGUGAGGUGUGCAACAUGAAGAAAAAAAAAUCAAGAAGGGACAGAACGAAAAACUACUCGGUAUAUUUACUACUCAUGAUAUUAUGGUAUAUUUUACAUCAUAUUAUGGUCAUCCUCAAUGGAGGUCCUAACAAACUUGGUUGAAGGGCAGGUGGGAGGUGGGGCAGAUUUAGCUGAGGCCCUGACUGUCUUGGAGGGACAUAGCUGGGUCAUGUGUGCCUUGGCACUGUGUCUGCGGAGGAGGUUGGCCUGCCCCCAUCCCUGUGAGGGUGGGUGGGGCGGUGUGGUGUGGGUAAGUGCUGCGUUAUGUCUGGACAAGUGUCGUCAGUACCAGACCCAGGAGUGUUGGUGUGUUUGUGAGUUUCAUGUGGAAUGUUGACAACUGUAAAAACAAAUUGUGUGUGUGUCUGUGUGUGUGCGCGUGCGUGGUGGGCAUGUGUGAUGUUUCGUGUGUUUAUUGUACGUUCUGAGAAGAACAAAAAAUCACAUUAUUUUCAAGUGUACUUAAGGAGAGAAAAAAAAACAAAGAACACAAAGCGUGUGUGUGUGUGUGUGCGUGUGUAUAUAUAAUGAAGUAAUAAUUAUAAUAUUAAAAUAUGACACUCAUAGUUAGAACUAUAAUUACAAUAAUGGCAGUGUUGAUGUGUUUGGAAGGUGAUUUAUUUUUACCUUUUCGCUGUCAUUCUUUUUUUUCUGUCUGGUGGGGUGAUCACUCUUACUUUCUCACUGGUAUGUCUAAUAGAGGGCUUUUUGCAAUUGCAGACAAUUUGGGUUUCUUCAGUUGGUUCCCCUCAUCAACGUCACUUUCCUCUUUUUUUAAGACAUGGACAUAUAUGAUCAUCUGCUGGUCUUUCCCAUUCAUUUUCUGUUUCUGCUGCUUUGUGUAAGAAAAAAAUAAUGAUAUAUUUUGAGUUUACAUUUUUUUUCUGUCUUUGUUUUUAAUUUUCUUUGCAUUUUCCAUUGACUCUCCCCCCCUCCCCCCAUCUCUCAUUUUGUCAUUCCAUUCCUUCUUCCUGUUCUGUUUUACACUGUCUGCUGUCUAUGUUCCUCUGGUCUUUUUGUCAUUAUGUAUUGCCUCUGCCGUCUGUUUUUGGUGCGGAAUGUCCAGAUUGUAACAUUGGCACUAGGUGAGGUGAGGAGGAUGUAAUAAAGUAAGACUGGAGGAAAAGGUUCAUAAAACGCUGCAAUCUUUA